AUGUUCCCCACGCGAGCCCUCUUCUCUCGCUCGGUCUGGAAGGGCCCGAACAUCGUCCCUCUCCCUCUCCCCCGCAAACUCCCCGCUCCGCCAGGAACACCACCGAUCAAGACGCAGAAGCGCAGCGCUACGAUCCUGCCUAACUUCGUGGGAUUGAAGUUCCAGGUUCACAAUGGGAAGAUUUAUCAGGAUGUUGUGAUCACGGAGGAGAUGGUCGGGAGGAAGCUGGGGGAGUUUGUUGCGACUCGAAAGAGAUUCACGUACAAGCAGUCGAAGAACAAAUGA